AUGGCCUCAAGUGGUGGAACUACGGCCGAGGCAUCGGGUCUUGUCCACACCCUCCAAGGCCAUAUCGAUGAUAUUCGCACACUGGUACAGUGUGGUAUCUGCAUUCGACCCCUCUACGAGCCCUUCACCCUUGCCUGCGGGCACACAUUUUGCUAUUCGUGUUUAACAUCUUGGUUCAGUGGAGGGAAAGAAAAGCGAACAUGUCCAGAUUGCCGAGCACCCGUCAAAACACAACCGGCGCCAGCCUACCUGAUCCGGACUAUGGUGCAGAUGUUCACGGGUCGUGCGGAACUGCUGGAUAAAGGAGAAUCAACCAAGGAACACGCCAAAAAUCAAAAAGAGGAAGCAGAAAAAUUGGACCAGGACAAAGCAAAUAAUCACCCAACUCGUGGAGGUCUGUUUGGUGGCCUUUUCAGGCCUAGAGAUGCAAUUCCUAAACCAGUUAUUGACGUUGACGAUGGUGUAAUGCGAUGUCCUCACUGUGCAUGGGAACUUGAAGAAGGAGAUACCUGCGCGGGAUGCGGAUAUGAAUAUCAUCCAGAUGACAACGAGUCGGAUGACAGCGAGUCAGGAGGCUACAGUACAAGUGGUUUAGGAUCCAUGGGAGAUGAUGAUGAUGAUGUGGAUGAAACCGACGGCCAAGAUGCUGUUUUGACUAAUUAUGGAUCUACUCACCCCCAUAAUAUGAUGGGCAGUGGCUUCCCUGGUUUCAUGAUGCCUCCAAGUGCACAAGAUCUCUUGGGGCGACUCAGUUUUCAAGGUCACCCCGAUUUUCGAAAUCGCGCGCAGGAUGCUCCAAAUCCCUGGUCCUACAGUGGCUUCGGUAACCGUGCCAACGGACGUGCAUAUGACGAGGACGAUGACGAGGACGUUGACUCGGACGAGUCAAAUGAGGAUGAGGAAGGCGAGAAUGAAUAUGAUGAGGACGAUCCCUUCAUUGAUGAUGACGGAUUCAGUGGCCCGCCCACAAGCUCUUUCGUUGGCAAUCAUGGGCACGACACGAGCGGCGAGGUGUAUGAUCUAGAAUCACCCUCCUCCACCGGCACAGCCGUGGACGAGGAGGAGGAUGGGGAUGAACAUCCUAGCACUGAUGGACUGCUCCAAUGGCGAGAUACCACCUCUUACAUCGAACAAAAUACAGAUGAAUCAGGCGAUGAAGAGGGCGUUGGAGACUCGGAGGCAGAUUCAGACGAGGAGGAAGUGAACAUACCAUCUCGUCGCCGACGACCACCAGCUGCAUCACGCUGUCUACCCUUUCAAGUUCCGAGCGAAGCUCCAUGGCUAUCAGCGAGAACCAACUCUACAAGGGCUGGACGCCCGGUAAUUCCUGAUUCCGACGAGGUUGAGGAUUCCUCUGCGUCGGAAUAUUCGAGUGAACCCGCUUCCCGACCGGCCGCAAGGCGCCCUGGUGUAUCAGUCGGAAAUGCUAUAUCCCUCGACGACUCGGAUGACGAUCAACCUGUCGGGCCCAUGAGAAGAAACACGCAAAGGCGGAACAUGAGAUUCUCUCCAUAUUGA